AUGGGGAGAAAUUUUGUUAAAAAGACAGAGAAGGGCCAGACUCCGGCAGAUGUGAUGAUGAUGGCAGUCAGGGAGGUGAAAUUAAAACAGACGACUAUCCGGAGCACUGCCAAGACGUUUGGGAUAAAUUAUAGAACACUGGCAAGAUAUUGCUCCAAGAUAGAUGAGCAAGAGAUCGCAGGGAGGGACGCCUGCUCAUCGAUGCCAGUGGGCUAUGUGAAGAACCGUAUGGUUCUGAUCCGCAAACUGGCGUACAACUUUGCAGUGCACAAUAAUAUUGCUGUCCGCACUAACUGGGCAGAAAAUGGUAUGGCAGGGCCAGACUGGUUCUCUGGGUUUCUGAAGAGACACCCGUCACUUUCAAUCAGGACCCCCGAGGCCACCAGCCUAGCACGUGCCAGUGCUUUUAAUAAGCACAACGUGGACCACUUCUUCGCUAACUUGGAGAAGGUUAUGGCAAGAUAUAAGUUUGAGCCACAGUCCAUUUGGAAUAUGGAUGAAACAGGCAUUACCACCAUCCAUAAGCCAAAUAAGGUGGUAGCCAGGAAAGGCUUCAAACAGGUGGGAUCUUUGACCUCUGCUGAGAGAGGAACCCUGGUAACUCUCUCCUGUGCCAUCUCUGCCACUGGGAAUAGCAUACCCCCAUUCUUCAUCUUUCCCAGGGUGAACUUCCGCAGUCACUUUUUACUGUCGGCCCCCACCGGAAGUGCAGGAUCAGCGAAUCCAAGUGGUUGGAUGAAGGAGGAGCAUUUUGCAGAAUAUCUGCAGCAUUUUGUGGCGCAUACAAGAUGCAGCAGGGAGAAGCCAUGCCUCCUGCUCCUUGACAAUCAUAGCUCCCACCUGUCUGUAGAGGGGCUGGAGUAUGCCAAGAACAAUGGAGUUGUGAUGUUGUCCUUCCCUCCACAUUGCUCCCAUCGCCUGCAGCCCCUGGAUGUGUCUGUCUACGGCCCAUUGAAGAGGCAAAUCAACUCUGCCUCCUCUGCCUGGAUGCUGAACAACCCUGGGAAAACCAUGACUAUCUAUGAUAUCCCCAAAAUUGUGGCUACAGCCUUCCCUCUCGCAUUUACUCUGAGCAACAUUCAGGCAGGUUUCCGGGCAACAGGAAUAUAUCCAUUUAACAGAGAGGUGUUCCCGGAGCCAGAAUUUGCACCAGCUACCACAACAGAGGGUGGGAUGGGGUGGGAUGGGGUGGGAUGGUCCAGGUUGUGUUGA